CAUCACUGGCAUCACUUGCCGCUCGCCGCCACUGGCUCGAUUACAACGCCAUAUUUUGUUCGUGAAGUCGCGUGGGGGGUCUGAUCCUCGACGUUAUACCUUGUAUACAAUGUCUAAAAGACACAGAAUUGAUGUAGGAGACGGGCCUGUAACUAAAAAAAGUGCCAGCUGUUAGGCAGUCACUGAGAGAAAGAAAUGGAACAGAAGAAACAAAAACAGUGGGAAAGAGACCUUGACAGAGAGUACGACCGGGAUGACCGGGGUCGAGAUCGAGGAGACGAGAACUGCUACAGCGCUCCUUCAGUGACCAUGUCUCAGCAGCUGAAUGCCCUGACAGGACUGCCUUAUUCCAACCGCUAUUACGAGUUGUUUCGCAAGCGCAUUGCCCUUCCUGUCUGGGAAUACCGGGACAAGUUCUUCGAGUACCUUGGCACCCACCAGAUCUUGGUGCUGGUUGGAGAGACUGGUUCCGGGAAGACUACUCAGAUCCCGCAAUGGUGUGUGGAACUUCUGCGCAAGAAGGGAGGCCGCCGGGGUGUGGCAUGCACACAGCCGCGACGAGUGGCAGCCAUGAGCGUAGCUGCCCGUGUGGCCGAAGAGAUGGAUGUGGCGAUUGGUCAGGAAGUCGGUUACAGCAUUCGUUUUGAGGACUGCUCGUCCCCUAAGACUCUCCUCAAGUACAUGACAGACGGUAUGCUGCUGCGGGAAGCAAUGAGUGACCCCCUGCUGGAGAACUAUGGGGUGGUCCUGCUUGACGAGGCCCACGAACGCACGCUUGCCACGGACAUCCUCAUGGGCGUGCUAAAGCAGGUGGUGACCCAGCGUCCCGACCUCAAGAUUGUCGUCAUGAGCGCCACCUUGGAUGCUGGCAAGUUCCAGAACUAUUUCGACCAUGCCCCACUGAUGAACGUGCCUGGGCGUACCCAUCCCGUGGAGAUUUUCUACACCCCCGAGCCCGAACGGGACUACCUGGAGGCUGCAAUCCGUACAGUCAUCCAGAUCCACAUGUGUGAAGAAGUUGAAGGGGACAUUCUGCUGUUCCUCACAGGCCAAGAGGAAAUUGAGGAGGCCUGCAAGCGACUGAAGCGUGAGAUUGAUAACCUGGGCCCCGAGGUGGGCGAGAUGAAGUGCAUUCCACUCUACUCGUCGCUACCUCCAAACCUACAGCAGCGCAUCUUUGAGCCACCACCACCGGCUAAAACCAACGGUGCCAUUGGUCGCAAAGUGGUUGUCUCUACCAAUAUCGCCGAGACAUCACUCACCAUCGACGGUGUUGUGUUUGUCAUUGACCCGGGCUUUGCCAAGCAGAAGGUGUACAACCCCCGUAUUCGGGUCGAGUCGUUGCUGGUGUCGCCCAUCAGCAAGGCGAGCUCACAGCAGCGAGCUGGGCGUGCGGGCCGGACGCGGCCGGGCAAAUGUUUCCGACUGUACACAGAGAAGGCGUACAAGACGGAGAUGCAGGACCAGACUUAUCCGGAAAUCCUACGUUCUAACCUGGGUUCUGUGGUGCUGCAGCUCAAGAAGCUGGGCAUCGACGACCUGGUCCACUUUGACUUCAUGGACCCGCCAGCUCCGGAGACGUUGAUGCGUGCCCUGGAGCUGCUCAACUACCUCCAGUCGCUGGACGACAACGGCGAGCUGACCGAGCUGGGCUCGAUCAUGGCCGAAUUCCCUCUGGACCCCCAGCUGGCCAAGAUGCUCAUCACUUCGUGCGACUACAACUGCUCCAACGAGGCGCUCUCCAUCACUGCCAUGCUCUCAGUUCCGCAGUGCUUUGUGCGUCCCAACGAGGCCAAGAAGGCAGCCGACGAGUCCAAGAUGCGCUUUGCUCACAUCGAUGGCGACCACCUGACUCUGCUCAACGUGUACCAUGCCUUCAAGCAGAACCAUGAAGACACCCAGUGGUGCUACGACAACUUUGUCAACUACCGGUCGAUGAAGAGCGCCGACAACGUGCGGCAACAGCUGUCCCGCAUCAUGGACCGCUUCAACCUGCGGCGGACCUCUACAGAGUUUACCAGCAAGGACUACUACGUCAACAUCCGCAAGACCCUUGUGUCAGGCUUUUUCAUGCAGGUGGCUCACCUGGAGCGAACAGGCCACUACCUGACCAUCAAGGACAACCAAGUGGUGCAGCUGCACCCAUCAACAUGCCUGGACCACAAGCCCGAGUGGGUGGUCUACAACGAGUUUGUGCUCACCACCAAGAACUACAUCCGCACCGUCACUGACAUCAAGCCAGAGUGGCUAAUAAAGAUAGCCCCCAACUACUAUGACAUGGCAAAUUUCCCACAGUGUGAAGCCAAGCGUCAGCUGGAGGUACUCGUUGCCAAGAUGGAGACAAGGCAGUAUCAAGAAGGCUUCUGAUGUGCUGCAAUGAAGUGGGCGUACCAAGCCAGAUGGUGUACAAACUGAUGGUUCAUUUAGUUGUCAUGCCUCACACGAGUAUCAUUCUGCCCAUAAAAAUCCGAAGCACAACAGCAAGAGCACCUGGUUUUCCCAUGCGCAUACCAGACAUUCAUUGUGUACUUGACUUCAGUAAGCAGUGUGCUUAGUGUACAAUGCUUUCCAAACUUUAAUGGAACACGCAAACUGUCUCUUCUCAUGAGAGUGCUAUGCUGGCAGCAGCCGAGCAACAGUUUUGUGAUGUACCACUCGACAAACCAUCCCGAAGUGUUACGUCAAGAAGCCUUUGUUUAGCUUCAUCCAGGAUAGCUCUGCCAUGAGAAGACGCUCGGUUCCCAUGUUCCAUUAAAUUUUUGGUCAGCACUGUACAUUCUGCUGCGUUCACUGUUUUCAUUGAGUGGGACAGCAUCGGCAUUGUGCACUUCCUUGGGUUUAGCGACAUUAUCAGACCCAUAUUCCAUUGUCCCUCAUACUAGAAGCAAUGCUGGUUUUCUUUUUUCUGUUUUGUUGCAAAGGCAGUUACUGGUGAGUGCACAUGGAAUAGCAUUUGUUCCAAUUUGCAACUGUAGCUUGCCAGAUUAAAAGCAUUCAAAUGUUGCCCUUUUGUGUGUGUGCUUCAGGAUGCUUUGGUUUUUACUCAACUUUGCCUUUGCCAAGGCUUUGACAUUCCUGUUCUGUAUCAAGUGCAAGAAUGGAUAGGUCAAUAGCCUGGAAGACCACUGGGUGCAGAGUAAUGUUUAAUAAAAUAUGUGCAGUGACUGUCCCA